GUGACGUCACCGACACCCUUUCCGAGGGUCGGAUUAAAGAUGGCGCCCUCUCAGGCAGUAAGAUGCUGUCAACGGGGCUUAUCCUGGAUACCUGUGAUUUUUAUCAACCUGGUCGUGUGCUGGUCCUACUACGCUUACGUGGUGGAGCUCUGUAUAUAUACAAUCACUAACACAGAGGAGCAAGUUUUUUAUCUGAUAGUGUUUCACCUCUGUUUCUUCAUGUUCAUAUGGUCCUACUGGAAGACCAUCAUUUCCAAACCUGCCAUCCCCUCAAAAGAGUUCUGUCUCCCUAAGGCUGAAAAAGAGCUGUAUGAGAAAGAGGAGAGACCAGAGGCCCAACAGGAAAUCCUGAAAAGAGUGGCCAGAGAUUUACCCGUAUAUACACGCACAGGAUCCGGGGCUAUCCGUUACUGCGAUCGCUGUCAGCUGAUCAAACCAGACAGAUGUCAUCACUGCUCUACCUGCGACAGAUGUGUGCUGAAAAUGGAUCACCACUGUCCAUGGGUUAAUAACUGUGUUGGAUUCUCCAACUACAAGUUCUUUGUGCUGUUCCUGGCAUACUCUAUGCUGUACUGCGUCUACAUCGCCGGCACAGUUCUGCAGUACUUUAUCCAGUUCUGGACACUUUGCAGACGGAGGGCUAUAGAGCAUUGCCCGGAGAAUCAUCUGCCGGACACUCAUGCAAAGUUCCAUGUGUUGUUCCUGUUCUUUGUGGCGGCCAUGUUCUUCAUCAGUAUCCUGUCCCUCUUCAGCUACCAUCUGUGGCUGGUGGGAAAAAACAGAACCACUAUAGAGGCGUUCAGGGCACCGGUGUUCAGAAAUGGUCCAGAUAAAAAUGGCUUCACUCUGGGCUUCCGUAAGAACAUCACCCAGGUGUUCGGGGACAGCAAGCUAUGUUGGUGCAUACCCAUUUACAGCAGUUCAGGCGACGGCUACACAUUCCCCACUCGCCUAGUCAACGUUGACUCGGAGCAAGGCAAUGUUGAACACCAGGCCAUUAAAUGCACUGUUGAUGGACAGACAAACCCCAGACCUCUGAGUGAGUCACAGAAUCAUCUCCUUGGCAACGAUACGCACUCCGAGGAGCAGAAAGACGGCAGUCCUGCAAACAUAGAAGUAUGUCAGCCUGUUUCUGUUACCAUGGAGAAUGAGUCCUAAUCAGGACCUUGGAAUGGCAGCAGGAUUAUGUUUCCUCUCUUAAGGAUCCUCUUGCUCUAAGACCUUGUGUGAAAGAGCGCAUAGCCCUCAGAUAUAAUGCCUUAAGGAUAGCAGCAUCAUCUUCUCAUCUCUAUGGACAUGAUUUAUUUAACCUGCGUUCAUAUCCGCACAGACUCUUCUCCGACUGAACUCAACGACUCUUUCACCAGGUUUUAUUGCAUGGUGUCUAACACAUUUUCUUUUUCUGAAAUGCACAUUUAUUUGAUCAAAACACCACUUUUAGGGUGUUUUUGAUAUCCAAUAUACAAUGUAUUUAUACUGGUUAAUCUCUGGGAUUACUUUUUUUUUUUUUUUUUUUUUUUUUUUUUUUUGACCAAAAAAAGUUUGCCAGGUGUUUCUACCCAAGAUGCACUUUUGUCAGCUGCAGAUGUAAACUGAUCUGAAUUAACAUGCAAGUGAUGAGAGUGUUCCUCCGUUGAGUAAAAUGCACUACACGGAAGCCUCAACCUCGACUAAUGUAUGAGUUAAGUAUUUUUUGACGUAAUUCAGAAGGUGCAAUACUUUCCGUUUAGAUCUUUACAUUAAUGUACUCUAUUUGUGUAAAACUUAAUGUAGUAUUCAACAACUUUUAGGUCCUCUACCCAUUCAUUAACACUUUUUCAAACCUCAAGCCCAUCAGCAUUAUACUAUCAGCUUUGUGCCUUUGUUUGAGGGCUAGAUUUAGCAGCAGAUGACGUGAAUCGUGACACUUCAUUUUUAGGUUGUGUAGCACAUGCAGCUCAGUUGUUUAUUACAGAAGGAACUCAGGCCAAGAUGUUAAACUUUUCAUGGAAAAAUGACUUCUAGCAAAGAGUAUCAUGUGGAGUUUUGACAGGAUUUCCUUAAUUUAAGUUUGAAGACAGAUGAAGUUUUUAGUCCACGUGAAUGUGUAAUCUUGGUGUACAGUUGUUUGUUUGCGCUGUUCUGUAAGUGGGAGGAGUUCAGUGAGGUCUGUUUACAGAUGCACCGUCUUCAUUUAUUCCAGGAGUUAGUCCAAACCGGGGGUUCGUGGACAAAAGCCCAUAUUAAUAAGCUGCCAAUGGGCUCAUAAUGGCCCUGAGGGAUCGUAGGAGUUCGUGGGAUGCCCACUCUCCUAUAUACUUGGUGGGGUGUGGGCCUUUCAGGACUACCCUCGAUUUAACGGAUCGUGAUUACCCACUAUACUGGGCAAACGUCACGGGACCCGCCCCCAGGUACUCCCAGGCCACGCCCCCGUCCCAUGAACCCACUAUUUGUCCAAUAACCCACUGUAUUUACCAAAAGUGCCGUAGACCCCCAUGGCCCUCUAUCAGAAUCCAGAGUUUCGAGAAGAUCAGAGAAACUUAUUUUCUCGCACCGAAAAAGUCAUCAGGGGUACCCCUGUUGUUUUUUCCGGGUCGAGAUUUUGAGUUUAUCCGAUCUUCUCGAAACUCUGGAUUAUGAUAGAGGGCCAUGAGACUUAGACCUGAGUGCAAAAAUUGAGGCUCUAGACCCUUCCAGAGCUGAGAUCAAUUUUCAGGGGGCUGGUGCGCUCGUCCGGUCGUCUACGGCCCAAGGAUGGAAUGGACCUUUUUUUUCGGUCUUGGACUAGCUUGGACGUGACCUCGGCUCAUAAGGAAGCUCUCAUGUGACUGAAAUACAUGCAUAUCUCUUCUUAAAAAAAAGAUGUGUGUUUAUACUUUGAAAACAGCCCAUAAAACUCAUUUCAGAGUUGAUGAUCACGGAAGGCAUUGAAUCGUGUUUGUAGUGAACAGUUUUUUAUUAUAGUUUUUCAGAAUUGUUUUAUUUAUGUUAUUGCAUGUUAAUGUAAAAAGUAUUGAAAAGCAAUGACCUGGUUGAAGGGGCUAUAUGAAAUACCAAUUUAUGAGCAUUUCUGCAGAUCUUGAGCUGAUGUAACCAUUGCAACAUCAAAUGUAAUUACUGAUAGGCUGCUGCAUCUGCUGGAGGUCAUGUGGUAUUUGAAUGAGGACAUGAUCGUCUUUAUAAACAUUUUUAUAGGACCGAAUUAUGCCAAAAAUAAUAAUUUUAAUAUCAAAGAACUCGCUAAUCAAUCACUUACUCCCUCAUGAAUAUGUAAUGUAUUACUGGAAUUUAAAAACCAAACAUAUAGGACCAUUUUCUGAAUUUUAUUAUUCUUUCCAAAAAAAAAAAAAACCGUUGUACAGAAUCUUUUUUGUACUUGCUCUGCAGGCCAGUUUGGUUCAUGAUGUUAUAUUUGAAGAUGUUUCUGAAGUCUAAACAGUUUGCACAGAUUUUCUGUCUAAUUCAAUUUAAUGUUUGUACUUUGCAGAUUUACCAAGAGUUUAAUGUAUGCGUUAUGAAAUGUAAUUAAUAAAAAAAUGUUGGCACUCCA